AUGUCGACAGAAAAGAAAAACAUCAAGCCCUCAAUCUCACUAAAACUUCUGGUAGACGAGAAGAAAACCCGAGUCCUUGCGGCGGAAGCCACUAGUGAUUUCGUCAAUGCUUUGCUAAGUUUCCUCACAAUUCCACUGGGAACUGUUGUUCGUGUCACGAAAAACCAUCCCGGUUCCAUUGGCUGCAUGAACAACUUGUACCAAAGCAUUGGACAACUUAGUGCGGACAAUUUCUGCACAGAGGCGUGCAAAUCAAUACUGUUAAGACCAAGAAACCCCCAUGCUCUUGUUUGCAAGAAUCUUAAACUGAAUAUUGAUGAUACAAGCAAUGAGAAACUUUUUUUUUGUAGCAUGAAUAGCACUUGCCGUGAGUGGACGAGUCAUUAUCCUAACACGAAGUGUACUUGUGGACGCAUAGCCGACAGAGAGAUGCCUGAAGGGUCUCAACCCUCGGAUCCAGAAUGUUUUGUUAAAAGAAGGACCAUGUGUGUGAUUACAGAUGAUCUGCAGGUGCUACCUGGAAAUCCGAUUUCUCUGGCGCAGGUGCUAUCUGAUUUGGGUUUCAGCGAUGUCCAUCAGGUUGAGGAGUUGUCUGUUGAUGUUGGAUUAGACGAGGUUUCUAAGUUGCUUAAGCAUUCGUUGGUAUCGAAGACUCCUCUGACAGUGUAUUCUUGGGGAAAAGGAAACUUGCAAAUAUUUCGAUACCUGUGGAUCCAAGAAAUUCACCUUCACCAAGCAGAGAAAAUCGAACAUUGCCGAAUCAUACUGAAUUCCGGCUUCUGUACGGUCCCGCUUGGAUCAGUGGUAAAGCUUUUCGACUCGAACUCUGGAGUAGGAUGUGUUGAUAACUUGUACAGAACAGUAGAGAGUUUGGAUUCGGAGUGGCUUGCUAUUUCCAAGGAUGAAUUAAGAAAUGCUGGAGUUCUGAAACAAUACAAGUGCAAAAAUCAUCCUUUGCAAUUUCCUGAUGCUAAAAAAAUAUGGAACCUUCGUGACCCAAGGAGCCCAACUGGUCGCGACGAUUGCUUUGGUAGAUUUAUGGAGGCGGGACCACACUUGUUUGUAGUGUCAGACAACUUGAUAGUGACACCAUUAUCUUCUCCGUCGAGUAUUAGCUUCCUAAAAGAACUAAAUGUACCUCUAAAUGAUAUUGGAGAGAAGGAAGAAACUAUACGCGAGACUGAGGCUCUUGCUUUGUUGAAGGCUUCUUUAACUUCAUCAUCAGCUUUAAAUAAUUGCUUCAAGUCCAGUGGAAAUCAGAAGUUGGACAAAAGUGAUGUGGCUGGGAAAUAG